UAUUAGACGGUUAAAUAUCCGACAUUCUUUUUUUCUUUCAUUGAUCCGUUUCAAUUGAUCCUUGAUUCUCAGUUACAUACCGAGUAUCAUCCUUGAUCGACAUAGAAAUCUUCCCUCUCUCUCUCUCUCUCUCUCUCUCUCUUCCACUCCCAUUUCCCCACCAUUAAUUUCUACAGAGCUUCAUCACUUGAACAAACAGUUUACUGUACCUCAUCCUACAUUUAUUUAUCAACACCUCAUCCUGAAUGUUGAUACUAUCAACUAUCGGCUAUCCACGGUACCAUGACGUCCGCCGACCGACGCCAACCGAGUCCCUCCGCAUUUCCCCAGAAUCAAAAGAAGGGCACAUUCCUCCUUUCAUCAUGACAACAGUUCUCCAAAAAGAAUCAUGUCGUUGAAUAUUGUCAGACGGGCAGUCCUACCACUGCGAAGGGCACGAAUUCUUCCCUCCCCUUUUAACGCUAGAAUCGCUGGACGAUGCAGCAGUUCCAUCUCCCAGCGGCCAGGAUCGGAUCGAGUCCGAUUCCCUGGGGCCGUUAACAGCAAGUUCACCUCGCAGAUGUCCUUUAUCAAUGCCUCCGACAUGCCCAACAUCCCUACCUAUCGUGUCAUGGAUUCCGAUGGCGUAUUAGUGGAGAAAACCCGAGAAGCUCUCAAUGUUUCGAACGAAAAUAUCUUGACGUGGUAUAAAAAUAUGUUGACCGUCAGUGUGAUGGACGUGGUUAUGUUCGAAGCACAGCGACAGGGACGGCUGAGCUUCUAUAUGGUAUCCGCUGGCGAAGAAGGUAUCAGUGUUGGAUCUGCCGCGGCCCUCACCCCGGACGAUGUCGUAUUCGCCCAGUAUCGAGAAGCAGGUGUCUUCCAACAACGAGGAUUCACUCUUCAUGAUUUCAUGAGCCAACUGUUCGCCAACAGCAAUGACAAUGGUAGAGGACGAAACAUGCCUGUUCAUUAUGGAUCAAACUACCCUCGCAACCACACCAUUUCGUCCCCUCUUGCAACUCAAAUACCCCAAGCAUCUGGAGCAGCAUACGCCUUGAAGCUCCAAGGUCUCCAAGACCCCAACAAGCCUCCUCGUAUUGUUGCCUGCUACUUCGGCGAAGGUGCCGCCAGUGAAGGCGACUUCCACGCUGGUCUCAACAUCGCCGCCACCCGCUCCUGCCCCGUUGUCUUCAUCUGUCGCAACAACGGCUUUGCCAUCUCCACCCCAACCCUGGAACAAUACCGCGGUGACGGCAUCGCCAGUCGAGGACUCGGUUACGGAAUCGACACCAUCCGCGUCGACGGAAACGACAUCUUCGCUGUGUAUGAAGCCAUGCAAGAAGCCCGUCGCGUCGCCCUCUCAGACGGUGGGAAACCCGUCCUAGUCGAGGCCAUGAGCUACCGUGUCUCCCAUCACAGUACCAGUGACGAUAGCUUCGCGUACCGGGCCCGCGUCGAAGUCGAGGACUGGAAACGCCGCGAUAACCCCAUCAUUCGCCUCCGGAAAUGGCUUGAGAAUGAAGGGCUGUGGAAUGAGGAUCUUGAGCAGAGUACCCGCGAGGAGCUGCGAAAGAACGUGCUCAAGGAAUUCGGCGCCGCGGAGCGUUUGAAGAAGCCACCUAUUCGAGAGGCAUUUACUGAUGUCUAUGAGGAAUUGACCGAGGAAGCCCAGGACCAAAUGAAGGAACUCAAGCGGAUUCUCGAAAAGUAUCCCAACGAGUAUGAUCUUCACCAGUUUGAAGAGGGGAUCAAUGGUCUAUAAAAUGGUGUAAAUGCUGGUCUCUCCCGUUAAACAUACAUACAAAUAGAAUUAUGAUAUCUUGUUUGUCGAUUGCUACGAAUUUGAUGGCUCUGGGCAGUCAAGUUUCUAAUAGUAGCCGUCGCGAACAAUUCGACUUGGAAAUGAUUAUUUUUUAAGGAUUAUCGAGUACCAUAACUAAGCAUUUUAGCGUACAUACAUCAACCAAAUGUAAUAAGA